AUGCAGAAUUGCCCAUCUCUACACGUUAUUUCCGAACAAUUUCUACGUCAAAAAUGGCUUAGCAUUUUUGGAAAUAAAUAUGAUAUUUACAUCAGUGAUAUUUAUAAACCGGAUAACGGCUGUUUUGGUAUAUCACUUAAAGGCAUCGCUAAUAUUGCAGAUGAUCGAGAAAUUGGUGGAUUUGAUUGUAUAAAUAUUCUUUUACCUGAUGGAAUUAUCGGAAAAGAAGGAAUAUUAAAACCUGGUGAUAUAAUUUUGCAAGUUAAUGAUGAAAUCUUAUUUGGAAAAAACCACGAUUAUAUUGUUGCACGUCUUCAAGCUAUUAAACAUCAAAUAAAACUUGUUUGUGCUCGUCCUAAAAUUGAACAAUUAACUUCAGUUGUUCAUCAUACUCAAGCUAUGGAAAAAUUACAUUUGACAAAUUUAUGGUCAAAUUCUUUAUUAAAUAUUGAAUUAAAUAAAAAUGAUGAUGAUAUUGGGUUUUCUGUAAGUGAUUAUCAAGAUCCAUCUAAUCCAAAUUAUUCACCUGUUAUUGUUAUACGUGAAUUAGUUCCUGGUGGUAUUGCACAAUUAGAUGGAAGAAUUUUUCCUGGUGAUCGCUUAGUAGCUGUUAAUGAUAUAACAUUUGAAAAUAUGAAUUCAGAUGAUGUUAUGAAAAUAUUAAAAUCAACACCAAAAGGUCCAGUUAAACUUAGUUUAUCAAAACCAUUAUCAUAUUCGAAAUUUACAAAUGAUAAUGAUCAAAAUAUGAAUAAUAAUCAGAAUGAAGGUUCUCAACUAAUGUUACAAAUGGAGCAGUUACGUGGGCAAUGGCUUCAAGGUCUUAUUUCAUUGAAUGUUUGUCUCAAUAAAAUGAAACAACUUCUUAAUGAAACAAAUAUCAAUGAAUGA